GUGGGGUUCACCUCUGGUCUUCACCUGAAGCAGAGGUAAGGAGUAUCAUUGUCAGGUGAGGAGCAUUACAUCUGGCAAUCACUUAAUCGGGACGAGCAAGCAUUUGGUUGAAGAUUUAAGAUUUGUUAAUCUGAAGAUCGGAGGUUGAGAUCUUUUGGUUGGAGUUUGGCCCUUUCUGCACUCAUCUGCUGGUACGUGACCUCUGACCACUGAGUCAAAAGGCUUUUUGGAAUAUCAUCAGCCAUCAUUUAGCCUGGAUAUUGAGGCUAUUGUGGAAAAACUAAUUCCUAAAGCAUUUUAUGGCUUAUUUUGUGUAUUCUGGAGGACUAAUUGAGAAUUCUGAGGUACGGCCGGCAUGCCUUCCCUUCCCACUUUGAGCAGCCUGGGGAAGCUCUGCGGCUCAGGACGCAGUCAGCAUGUGGAUCGCACCCGGAUCAAACGCACAAACUCUGUCAAACGCAUAUCUGUCAUAGAGGAUGGACGUGUGGCAGAAGUGUUGUACCUCAUCCCGAAAGAGCCUGUGAUGCAACAGCUGCCGUUCAUCAACCCUGAAGACUAUUACUUGACUGAGAGCCUGACACCUGUGGCCCAUACACAGGAAGCUCACCACCAGACGGGGAAGCCUUUGAUAUGCUGUGCUAAAUGUGGAGAGGUGUGCAAGGGAGAGGUGUUACGAGUGCAGGCCAAACACUUCCACAUCAAGUGCUUCACAUGCAAAGUGUGCGGAUGUGAUCUGGCUCAGGGAGGAUUCUUCAUGAAGAAUGGGGAAUAUCUGUGCACUCUGGAUUACCAACUCAUCCAUGGCACCCGCUGUAACAUCUGUGGAGAGUUUGUGGAGGGGGAGGUGGUGACUGCACUCGGAAAGACCUACCACCCAACAUGCUUUGUGUGCACAAUCUGCAAGAGACCAUUUCCUGCUGGAGACAGAGUGACGUUCAAUGGCAAGGACUGUCUGUGUCAGUACUGCGCAGAGCCCACGUCUCCAGGACCUACUAAAGACGUCGUCGGACACAGCAGUUGUGCGGGCUGUGGCAGAGACAUUAAGAAUGGUCAGGCUCUGUUGGCUUUAGAGAGUCAGUGGCAUUUGGGCUGUUUUAAAUGUAAGGCCUGUGCCAAAGUAUUAACUGGAGAAUACAUCAGCAAGGAUGGCGCCCCCUACUGUGAGCACGAUUAUCAGGUCCUGUUUGGAGUGCAUUGUGAAGCGUGUCAGCAGUUCAUCACCGGGAAAGUCCUGGAGGCAGGGGACAAGCACUACCACCCCAGCUGUGCUCGCUGUAGCAGGUGUAACCAGAUGUUUACUGAGGGAGAGGAGAUGUACCUGCAAGGAUCAACAGUUUGGCAUCCAAGCUGUAAACAUUCACUCAGAGGCGAGGAGAGACAGCGGCCGACAUGCUCGUCGUCUGAGAGUAUAUGUUCCAGACCUGGUUCAAGCAUACCUGGCUCACCGGGUCACACCAUAUAUGCAAAAGUAGACAAUGAGAUCCUUGAUUACAAGGAUUUAGCAGCUAUUCCCAAGGUCAAAGCCAUUUAUGACAUUGAGCGUCCAGAUCUAAUCAACUAUGAACCACUUUACACCACCUCAUUGGAUGAGUCAGAAGAGAGAGAGAGUGUUGGAGAGCUGCGGAGCUCCAGGAGAGAGUUUUCGCCUAUGCCAGAAGACAGAACCAGAUCACCCACACCGACUGCUGAGGGUUACUAUGACAUGAGAGAACGAAUCCUCCACCGGUCGACAAGUCAAGGCUCCAUUGGGUCACCAAUUUACAGCCGCCACAAUUACACCCCAACCCUGUCACGCUCACCACAGCACUUCCACAGACCCGAUCAAGGAGUAAACAUCUACAGAAAGCCUCCUAUCUACAAACAGCACGAUUCAGCUGCCUUUGUAGCCCAGAGUAAGUCUGCUGAUGACAUCAUCACAUCAGCCAAAUUCCCCUCAGCGUACACCUCUGGUCCAGACUUCCCAGCACAGAUAGAGACAGACUGCUGGUCCUUCCCGAUCUCCCAUGCUGCCCUAGGAACAGACGGGAGGAGAAGGUCAAGAGAGGAGGACGAGGAGGAGCUCCAGAAACGCAGACAGGUUCAGGAGGAACAUCUCAAUAAGAUCCAGUCUGGUUUGGGGAAAAUGAUUCUUAAAGAGGAGAAGGAGAAAGAGAUGAUCAGAGAGAGUCAUGCACGGAGCCUGUCAGCACAACGCUGUGAACAUGGAAGCAAUCGAAAUUCACCUUCUAAAACAGGCUCACUGCCUGGAUACGGGCGAAAUGGACUGCAUCGGCCUCAGUCGACUGAUUUUACUCAGUACAACAGUUAUGGAGACGUGUGCAGUGGGAUGAGAGAGUUUCAGCCCAUGCAUGAUGGCCAGCGUACAUCCACCAGAAUGGACAGAGGAGUGUCUAUGCCUAAUAUGCUGGAACCAAAAGUAUAUCCAUAUGAAAUGCUUAAGGUGACCAGCCGUAGUCGCUCCAAACUGCCCAGAGAUGUGGACAGAACCAGACUAGAGCGCCAUCUGGCUCCGGAGAUGUUCUUUGAAAUCUUUGGGAUGCAAAUUCAGGAAUUCAGCAGGUUACCUCUGUGGAAACGCAAUGAACUGAAGAAGAAAGCCAGACUCUUCUGACCGGGAUCUGCACACACUCACAUUGUGUUGAUGUUCUUGAUGGUUUACUCCUCUUACGUUGUUUCAUGCUUAAACUAUAGCCAGAAGAAAGCUCCAUGCUGCAAUAUUAUCAUAUGAUAUCAGUUUGUAAUAAACAGAGGGUCUAAGCAUUUCAUCUGUUUCUUCAAAAUUCUCAACACUUUAUUUUUUCAUCUCUGUCACUUAAAUUUUCUCUCAUCUAGAAAUGAGUCAACCUUUUUUUGUUCUUUGUUGUUCUUGCAUAUUUU